UGUUUAUUUUUGAUGACAUCGGAUUUGUGAACACUGUAAAAAAUACUGGUAAGCUCGUGACUCGCUGCGCUGGUGGAAUUCCUCUUAUUCGCGGUAUUGAGAAAGUGUGCUAACGGUAUUUAUUUGAAGACGCGAAGAAUUGCUGUCAGCGCGUGCAGUAACUUCAGUGUGGUGAAUAAUGGCAGAAGACGAGUGAAAUUUUGUUGAGAAUUUUAGCAUUUUUAAACCGCUAUGUUGUACAAAAAGUGCCGUAAUAGAGCGAAAUUGUGAUCAAGUGAGGCGCAGUGGUAGUUUCGUGGUGAUAACAAGCACCUGGGCUGCUCAGAAGAGAAGUGCGCUGUCGACAGUGGGGCAACAAUGGCCGCGUCCGGAGACUCCUCGAUGGACAACAAUGGGUCAGUGUCGCCCAUUGGCCAGGACUUUGGCUCAUUUGGGGGAUCGGGCAGCAACAAUGCCCGCGAGUAUGAGUCGAUGAAGGAUCAGUUUGACGAGGCAAUGACUGAGAUCUCCAGCCUAAAGCGCCAGUACAUCGACAGCAAGAGACGCUGCGACAGCGCCCAGGAGCGACUGGAGUACUAUCGUGAGCAGUACACGGCGGCGAUGAAUCAGCUGGAGACGGCCGUCCAAGAGAGCAGUUCCUUGCGUUCCAAUUUCACGAAGAGCAACACCGAGAAGAUCAGAUUGGAGCAGAAGGUGCACCACUUGGAGAAGAAACUCGCGCGCAUUAUUGAGUCGAUGAAGCUGGAGAAUGGCAAUAGUCAGACUAUAUGUGCCUUUCUAGAGCAAUACAAUGAGCUGAAGAAGAAGUAUGAGCAGAACAAGGCGGAAUUUGAGAAAUUAUCGAAAGACACAGAGUUGUACAAGAAGAAGUGCGACGAACUCAUUGACGAACACAAUAAUUUGUCAAUUGAGAAGGACGAACUGAAGCACCAACUCUUGAUGGCAAUCAGACAAAUGGAUAGCGUUCAGAGGGAGAGAGACGAGCGAUCGCAACAGCUGAAGCACAAUGAUGAUGUUAUAAAGGGUCUAAAUCAGGUGCUAGAGUCAAAAUGUAUCGAGUUGCGACGCUCCACGGAGCAACGCAAUGCGGCCGAGCAAGAAUUAUCGCUGAUACUGAGUGAGAAGGACACGGUGCUGAAGGAGAAUCAGAAAUUGUCUGAUGAUCUUGUGAUCGUGGUGAAGAAGUCCACGGAAUUGGAGGGUCGCUUUAAGGAAGAGAAGCAGUCGAUGUUGUACGAAAACGAGCGUCUCAAGAGUGACUUGCAGACGUCGCUGCACUAUCGGGAUGAUUUGAUGAAGGAGUGUGAAGAUUUGAGGCAGAAGAUCGAGGAACAGACGCUGAAGGCAGCUUCAGGCAGUGGAGAUCACAUGAAACGCAGUGACUUUAAGCCAACGUCAGAUGAGAGUUGGAACAAGGAGUUGACAGAGGAGAAGGAGAAGAUUGCGCAGGAUCUUGAGGCGGCGAAUCAGGAGAUUGAGAUCCUGCGAAAAUCGCUGGAUAAGGCACGCAAUGAGGUGAUGAAGGCGUCGCAAGACACCGAGUUGGCAAAGAGUCGUCGUGAUUGGGCAAUUACGGAGCGCGAGAAGAUAGUUCAAGAGCGCGACAGUGUUAAGAUUCUGUGCGACGAAUUGCGAAAAGAGCGUGAUACAGCAAUUUCGGAAUUGCUGGCAGCAAUUCGGGAUAGUGAGAAUAUUAAGAAGCAAAAAGAUGAGGCGUGCAGAGAAAUUGAACAGCUACGUGAGCACCUCGAGGCACAGCCGCCGGUCAAUGCCCCGAGUCGUAAUAGUGCGCGCUGGAGCUGCGCCUCCUACGACGUGGAGCCCUUCCGGAAGAUGGACACCGAGAUCGUGGACAUUGACAUCAGUGGAUUGCCCACGGACGGAGAACUGGGCCUUGUGCUUGACGGUGGACGAGAUGACAGUCAGAAUGGAGGAGAGAGUGGCAUCUAUGUGGUGUCUGUGGUGAAGGAUUCCGUGGUGGAUGGAAAAUUGCGACCCAAUGACUGCAUUAUCCAAGUCAACAAUCUCGAUUGCACUUCUGUCUCCCGACGAAUCGUGCUAGAGUCCAUAAGGUCGAGUGCUCCACGAUGUAAAGUAGUGGUGAAGCGACAACUCAUGAAUGCGUCACAUCUCUACACUGCCACGCUGAAUAUAAAGAUGGGCCGAGCGCACGGAUUGAGUCUCGAGGGUGGAAUUUACAUAUCGAAAAUUGAACCUGGAUCCCUCGCAGCUCGCGACAAUAAUUUAGCAAUUGGUGAUCGUAUUAUAAGUAUCAAUAAGAAAGCUCUGGAUGCCACUAAGAGUAUCAGCGAUGCCUUAGUGCUCCUCGAGGAAACACGCAAUGACACUCUGGUGAUUGUGGCUCUCAAGCAAAUUGGUCAGAUGAACUCCAAUAAUCGCGCCCUGAUGUACAAUAAAAUGGUGAAUAUUUGUACACAAACUGACGAACCACCGACGAGACUGAGUGACAAGGGUGGCGUUAAGAGAGGAUCAAUUCCUGUGACAAAUAUGGACUUUCCGUUCAAGCCUGCUGUUGCUCCGGCGGCAAAAUCCACGUCCAAGAUCACGGAUCUGAUCAAAAUGACCUUCCGAGGGAAGAGUCAAAAGAGUCCAGUAGAGACUGAAGAGACCCUGACUCAGGAGAAUGAUGCUAUUCUUCUGCUGGACUCUGUUUUGAACAGUGAAAACACAUCAAAGUCCAGUGUUCUGAAGAGAUCGAAGCGGAAGAAGGAGUCGAAGGAGAGCAAGAGUAUGGGAACAUGGCCAAGGGCCAAUGUGAUAGCUCAUGAAAACAUAAGUGGCACUAUUGUGCAGAACAGGAAGAAGGAGAGACCGGCUCUGACACUCUUCACAGCGACACUUCAGUCGAAGGAUGAGAAGAUGCAUGCCAAUAGUCGCAACAAUGCAGAGGACUAUUUUGAGUCAUAUCCAGCGCCAACGCCAACUACAACCACUGUCAAAUCCUCAGCUGCGAGCAACCCCAAUAGGAAUUCCAAUCCGAUCCCAUAUCAUGUCCAAUCGCCACCGCCAAAUGUUCUGAAUCGUCAUUCUGUCUAUCGCAGCAUCGAGCAGGAGCCUUUGCUGCCGAUGAGCAGUGCCGGCCCAGGACAAAUACUGGGUGGUUCCGGGGGUGUCAAUACAUAUAGCAGACCACUGAAGUAUCUCGAUUUUGAACGCUAUCAACCCCAUAAUCAUCACCAUCCGAACAGAAUGAGCCUCAACUUCACGCCGUCUGAUAACAGUCUUCUAUAUAAUUUGAAUGAAAAGCUGCGCGGUGGGAAUUUGCUGCAGAAUCAACAGCAAGGGCAGCAGAACUCUCUGGACAUCAUUUCGUUGAAGAGUCAAAACUCUAUUGACUCUUUCUUGGCACCCAAGAGUCCGCCGUCUUUGGAUUUGCCAAUGAAGCCACCAAGCCGUGAGGCUGUGGAUUACUAUGCGCUGAAGAAGAUGACAAGGAAUGUGUCCAAAUAUCCAAGCGACAGUGAAAACCUCAGUCCAGACCCGGUGACCAUGAUGGCAGCCGGGAAUACCAGCACAUUGCCAUCAUAUUCUCGCUUUCAAUCCAUCAAUGCGCCGCCAUCUCGCAAUCAGGCUCUCUUUCCAGUGGCACCCAUUCAUCCCCAUCCGCAUCACCAUCAUGGAUACAGGCACGUGAGUCCCCUGACUCUGCCACCUUCUGCCCAUUCAACAGACUCGACAGGUUUGCUUGGUGGCGGGGGAAGCAUCCCGGAAAAGUCAGAGUUUGACAGCUAUAUUCCGACCUAUCAUCACUCCCAUGGCGCGUCUAUUGACUAUCAAUACAAAAAUCGCUUCCACGCGACAAGAGAUCGGGAUGAGAUACAGACGACCUAUUCAUCAGGAUACGAAGGAGGCACAUUUCCGCGCAAGAAGGAGACACCUCGAUUCCGCAUUCCGUCGAAUCCGAGUGUCACGAGCAAGGGAAGUGGCGUGAAGAACAGCACGGGUUCAAUAGAGCAUCAUGGCAGCGAGCGUGGCUCACCGAUGCCGACAUUUCAAGUGGAAGUCCUGAGUCAUGGGUCCAAUCUUAACAAGCGCAACACCAUGACAGACUAUUGCUAUGGGCAGAAGCCAAAUCCUGGCGAUCUUCGACGGGUGACUAUUGACAAGAGCGUCGAGCCUCUGGGGAUAACAAUCCGGUGCAACAACAAUGGUGGUGGCAUCUUCGUGUCCACUGUUACUGAGAACAGUAUUGCCAGCCAAGUGGGUCUCCAGACGGGCGAUCAAUUGCUGGAAGUGUGCGGGCUCAACAUGAGAUCAGCGACUUACGAGUUGGCUGCGAGUGUUCUGCGACAAUGUGGCAACUCCAUGACGAUGCUGGUGCAAUACAAUCCAGACAGUAAGUACGAUACUGACGCUGGACAUAGCACAGAUGAGGAUGAGAGCAUAAGUCACUCGGGAUCAUCAACACCGCGCAAUUCCCCGAGUGUGGCGAGGACGCUUCAAUUGAGAAAUCAAUCUGCAUCGAAGUCUGCCGCAACAACGCAACAAUUGAUGCAACGAGGCAUAUUUCCGCCCACUUCUGCAGUGUCGUCAAUUCAGGGCAAGAAGUCCACAUUCGCAGGACCUGUUGCAAGUCCCACGGUGGAUACGAUGAUAAAGCAACCCACUGUGGCUUCGGGUGGGAAUGUGUAUCAAGAGGAGCCGCGAAUGUUGAUCAUUGAGACGAAGAAGAAGGCUUUGGGCAUUAGUUUUGUGGGUGGAAACAAGACGGGCAUCUUCGUUCAUCGCGUUCAGAGUGAGUCUCUGGGUGACAAUGCAGGGAUUCGCGUCGGUGAUCAGAUAUUGGAGUUCAAUGGAGUGGAUCUCAGGGCAGCUACAGCAGAGCAAGCGUGGUUGGAGAUUGCAAAGUCCGUGGAUAAGGUAUCUGUGGUGGUGCAGCAUAAUAUGCAAAAAUUCAAUCAAAUUGACCCUGAUCAGGAGAGUAUAGAUUCUCUGUACAUAAAGGUAGCCUUUGAUCGCACUGGAGAUGUUGGCGAAUCGGAUUUGCGCUUUGUCAAGGAUGAUGUUCUCUAUGUAGACAAUACCAUGUUUACGGGAAGUCCGGGAUUGUGGCGAGCCUGGACUCUUGAUGAAUAUGGGCAUCGCAUAUCGUGUGGUCUCAUUCCGAGUCAAACCAAGGUUGAAGAGGAGUUGCGAUUGCAUCAAGACACUGCAGAUGCUGAUAACACAUCAAGAAGGAGUACAACAUCAGCCAGACGCUCAUUCUUCCGACGCAAGAAACACCAGAGGAGUUCUUCGAGGGACUCGAAGGAGUUGGCGAGUUUUAGCAACACUCAGUUGAGUUGGUUCUCCGAUUCAGGGAUGCUCAAUGAUGAGACCACUCUCAAUAGCUAUCUUCGCAUGGAAAGAUUGGACUAUCCAUCAUACAGGCCUGUUUUGGUGUUGGGGCCACUGGCUGAGUGUGUGGUUGACAAGCUUCAUACUGACUUUCCGAAGGAGUUCGAGCGGUGCAAAGUGCAGCCGAUGAAUUGCUCUGAAGAGACUCUUGAGAAGAAUUUGCACAACAAUGUGUACAUUGAUUACAGGCGUCGUGGCAACAUUUUCGAGUGCACGACUAUUCAGGCAAUCAAAGAUGUGCGCGAGAAGAAGCGACACUGCAUUUUAGACAUUUGCAUAUCGGCAGUGGAGAGAUUGCAGCGUGUGCAGAUUUAUCCCAUUGUGCUGCUAUUGCGCUUCCGAUCGGCGAAGCAAAUAAAGGAGGUGAAGGAUUCGCGGUAUUCCACGGAUAAGAUUUCCGCCAAGGCGGCAAAGGAAAUGUACGAGCACGCGCUGAAACUGGAAACGGACUAUGGACAUUUCAUAUCUGCUGUAAUUCCUGCGGGUGUAAAUAUUCACCACAUGAGCUCUCAAGUAAAGGCAGCCGUUGAGGAUGAGCAAAAGAAAGUACUUUGGAUUCCCUUUGCCAAUUCGUCGUCGCAGUAGAGUUGUAAGUGUGCCUUUGGAGAAACUUGAAUGCCUAACUAAAAUGUCUUCCACAAAAUCCGUUUUCUAUCUGAUGUAACAUUUUAUACCCAUUUGAUAUGCAAGAAAAUUUUUAAAGGUUUUCAAAAACUCCCUUGAACGCGAGUCAUUUUGCUAACUUUCAAUUCAUAGUGGUUAAGGGGAUUGUUUUCAUUUUAUACUUCAGUAUUUUUUAUAUCAAUCUUUUAUGCUAUUCUACGUAAAGAUAUAUAACUUCGUCGAAGAUUGGACGGAAAAGGGUACCAUUUUAUAUGAAUUGAAUUGAAAUUUAGAAAGAAUUGUAUGAGAUUUUUUUUUUAUUUCUUACAUCUCUAUAAUCAUUUUAUUUACAAUGAAAAUUUGUAAAAUUAGCCUAAAACUACAGCUAAAUAGAUUUGUAAGUCAAAAGGAUGAUUUUAUUUUUAUUAAUACAUAUAUUAAAUGUGUUUCGCAUUACAAAAUAUAUAUUUUCUAUUGAUAUUA